AUGCAUCUGCAUCAAGCCUCUUCUACCCCAGAUGCUACCUCAACAGACUUUGAUACCAGUCCCUAUAGAAACCAAUUUAAUGACAAUGGUAUCCUCAGCACUCCAAAGAGCCAUCGCCACUAUCGUCGAGAUUCAUUCACACCCUUGUUCGGUCGUGAUGAUUCGGGUGUGUAUGAGGGAUUGGGCGAGAAAUACAUCAAUGAUCCAAUCCAUGGACAUGUGUUGCUGGACAAUGAUUGUCUGCAGUGUAUUGACACGCCCCAGUUCCAGAGACUUCGAGAUUUAAAGCAACUGGGAUCUGCUUAUUUUGUCUUUCCUGGAGCAACACAUAAUCGUUUUGAGCAUUCAAUAGGAACAUCCCAUCUUGCAGGAGAAGUUGUAGAGAGAUUCAGAGAUACACAACCAGAGCUGGAGAUCAGUGAGAGUGAUAUCAAAUGUGUUAAACUCGCCGGUCUCUGUCAUGAUCUCGGCCAUGGCCCAUUCAGUCAUGUUUUUGAUAACGAGUUCAUUCCUCGGGCACUUCCCGGAUCAACCUGGACACAUGAACAGGGCUCGGAAAUGAUGCUUGAGUAUUUAGUGGAUGAUAAUGGCGUGGACAUUGAUCGCGAGGAACUCAAUUUCAUAAAGGAUUUGAUCAUGGGCGAGAGACGAGGCAACAGUCAACGGCAUGCAUUCCUAUUUGAUAUCGUAUCCAACAAACGCAACUCACUGGACGUGGACAAGUAUGAUUAUCUUCAACGUGAUUGUUACAACGUCGGCAUAAAGUCCUCAAUAGAUUGCUCUCGCCUAAUGAGGAUGUCCAGGGUGAUUGAUGAUCAGAUCUGUUGGCAUCAUAAGGAAGUCUACAACCUCUAUGAGCUCUAUCACACACGCUUCAGUCUGUUCAAAAAGGUCUAUACGCAUCGAGUCGGGAAAGCGAUCGAGUACAUGUUGGUGGAUGCAUUGAUGACCGCAAACAAUGUCCUCGGUAUCUCAUCCAUGAUCAAUGUCCCUGAGGAUUAUCUUCACCUUACUGACGACAUUGUGCGUCAGAUCGAACGAUCCAGAGAGCCGGGCUUGGAAGAAUCAAAGGCCAUUAUAAAACGUAUCCGGACACGCAACCUCUACAAGUUUGUUGAUGAACUAUUGAUCCCCAAGGAAAAACUAGGACGCCUUACAAAGCAUAAUGUCAACUCACUAGAGAUCGUGUCAUGCCAAGGACCGAAUGAUCAUCUGGAGGUGGACGACGUGAUUGUAGAGUUCCUUAAGAACAACUAUGCAAUGAAGGAUCGGAAUCCUGUCGAUAACAUCAAAUUCUUUUCCAAAAACAACCAUUCAGUUUCCUACCAUAUUCCAAAGGAGAAGGUCUCAAGUCUGAUCCCCAGUGAGUUCCAAGAAAACAUUAUCCGUGUCUAUUCUAGAGAUCCCUCAAAGGUCAAGGCAGUCCAUGAGGCUUUCCGUCGAUUGAUGUCAAGAUUCUAUCGAUGCAGUGACGGAACCACGAAUUUGCCACCUUCUUCCACUUCUCCGUAUUAUGAUUCAAGAAACACAACACCUGAAAGGAUAAUGGCCGGUAAUGGCAUGAAUAGUACUAGUCAAUCCUCAUCUGCAUUAGCAUGGCUUCAUACACGUCAACUAUCCCCGACGCGUCACCUCAAGGGUUAUAGCAACGGGAACGGGAACGAUGGCGGAGAUGCUAGUCCACAGCUGUUGAGCAGCGGAAGUUUCAAGAGACGAGGCAGGAGUCAAAGUCCUUCACCUGCACGACGGGUUCGAAGUGGAGGUUUACGAAUUCUAGGCGACGGAGUCAAUGAUAUCUUUGGCGAAUAA